CCCGUGGACGUGGGCAUGCGGAUAGAGAUCGCCAGCAUCGACCUGGUCUCCGAAGUCAACAUGGACUACACCCUGACCAUGUACUUUCAGCAGUCCUGGAGGGAUAAAAGGCUCUCCUAUUCUGGAAUACCUUUGAACCUAACUCUGGACAACAGAGUGGCCGACCAGCUCUGGGUGCCGGACACAUAUUUCCAGAAUGACAAGAAAUCAUUUGUCCAUGGGGUGACAGUGAAAAACCGAAUGAUUCGACUCCAUCCAGAUGGGACAGUCCUUUAUGGCCUACGGAUCACAACAACAGCUGCUUGCAUGAUGGACCUACGCAGAUAUCCUCUGGAUGAACAAAACUGCACACUAGAAAUUGAAAGUUAUGGAUACACUACUGACGAUAUUGAAUUUUACUGGAAUGGAGGAGAGUCGGCAGUAACAGGAGUUAAUAACAUUGAGCUCCCGCAAUUUUCUAUUGUUGAUUACAAGAUGGUAUCAAAGAGAGUGGAAUUUACAACAGGAGCAUAUCCUCGAUUAUCACUUAGCUUCCGGCUUAAAAGAAAUAUUGGAUACUUCAUUUUGCAAACUUAUAUGCCUUCCACGCUAAUCACAAUUCUUUCAUGGGUAUCUUUUUGGAUCAAUUAUGAUGCCUCUGCAGCCAGAGUUGCUCUAGGAAUCACAACUGUGCUGACCAUGACCACCAUCAGCACCCACCUCAGGGAGACCUUGCCAAAGAUUCCCUAUGUCAAGGCAAUAGAUAUUUACUUGAUGGGAUGCUUUGUGUUUGUGUUCCUGGCCUUGCUGGAAUAUGCCUUUGUAAACUACAUAUUCUUUGGGAAAGGACCUCAGCAUCAAAAAAAGACAGCAGGCAGGGCAGGACGUGCUCCAGGAGAGAAGAGCAGACUGGAAACAAAUAGAGUCCAGGUUGAUCCCCAUGGAAACAUGCUCCUUAGACCACUUGAAACACGAAAUGACGUCAGCAGCUCAGAUGUGUUCAUGAGCCUCCGUGACCCUCGAGCCACCACGUACACGUACGACAGUGCCAACCUGCAGUACAGAAGAGCCACUUCCAGCAGAGACCUCUACAACAGGAGUGCUCUGGAUAGGCACAGGCUUCAUAAAAAAGGACACUUACGAAGAAGGGCAUCCCAGAUCAAAGUCAAAAUCCCUGAUUUGACUGAUGUUAACUUGAUAGACAAGUGGUCCAGAAUGGUCUUUCCCAUAACGUUUAUUCUUUUCAAUGUUAUUUACUGGCUGUAUUAUGUCCACUAAUUUAUGCAAUAAUGUUACCACAGACUGACUUAAUUAGACUUGUUGCUUUUCCUUCUCAAUUUUAACUCUGAAGAACUUCAGUAGUUAUAAUGUUACAUGUUCAAUGUAAGAUACCCAGCCAUGGAACACUUCUAGAUUUAAGUUUUCAAAAAAAAACCCCAAACCAACCCAAAUUCAGCCUUAUAGCAUUCAGAUCAGAAUACUACAGAUCUGUUCUUAAAAAGCAUCUUCAGCAAAAGGGCUAUACCUUGAUUUUUACAAAGUUUAUGCAUCACAAAAGACCUUUCUCUAGCCACUUCAAUUUUUUUUUUAAGUGGAAUAAAAAUUAGUCCCACUGUAUUUCUUAUCACAUAUUGGCAGCCCACAGCAGCAUGAUUCCAAACAACACAGUAAAACAAUUCAAAGUAGUAUCUAUGUCACUAUCUUUCAGCAUUUAGAGUGUACAGAAAUUUGAAGAAAAAACAGUUUGGAGGAUUAUAAUUGUUACACCACACAUCAUUUCAAAUAGUUAUACUGGGAAGGAUUUCCAUAGUGUGUGUGAGAAGUAUCACUCAAGGAAAAGUCAAAUCACAUUUUCAGAGAAGCUGGGAUCUUGAAAAGAAAUAAAGGGUAGCAGAGAGAAAUUCCACUGAAUUUCCAAGCAAGGAAUCAGCUGAUUUGAUCUAACUGGACACAAAGUAAUAAUGCUGAAAUUUAUGAGAACAAUUGUGCCAUAUGCAAUUUUGUAUUAAAAAGUAGAAAACAAGCACAUGCUCAUUCCUGGAAGCAAUACUGAGACAUACCCCAGGCCAAGACUUUUCUUGACUCCCAGGUCUCCUGUGGUUGGUAAUUGCAACAUUCUCCCAAAAGUUACACACAAAAUCACACAGAGUAUUCCGAGUUGGAAGGGGCCCAUGAGGAUCAUUGAGUAAAACUCUUAAGUGAAUGGCCCCUAUGGGGAUCGAACCCACAACCUUGGUGUUAUUAGCACCAUGCUCUAAGAGGAAAUCAAACCCAAAACUAAGUUGGCAGAUGUCUAGGAACAGAUCUGAGGAAAUUUCUGCAUAUAGUUUCCUACAGAUUUCCUUACUCCACUGAGGACCAGGAGAUGUGUCUGAGUCUUAUGGCACACCAGUGAUGUUGGGUGCACUCCUUUUGAGGAGCUGCCUCUCCGCACUUGGCUGCUUUUUGCCUAACACAGCCAAUUCCUGCCAAGGAGCCACAGGUAAAGUUCUAGCAAGGUCCAUGCAAUUGAGAAGCAAUAGGUCAGUCAUCUUCUCUAUGGCUAAUUGUUUCCUAACAGUGUUUACACUGCUGUCUAACAUAGCAAUUUAUUGAAACUAUUAUCAGUUAAUUUUUUUUUUAAUUAAAAAUGUUUCAUACUUUUAGGAGAGUCAAGAUACCCAAGCCAACAGAGUCUAUGUAGGUACCAAAGUGAUUGUUACCCAUGGAAGCUUGUACAGAAAGAAACAUUGGUACAGAUACAAAUGAGUGAUGUGGAAAGCUUCUUCAGCAGCUCCUCAUUGCCUGGCAGUAAGGUCAGCUGACUACCUUAUUGUCAACUGAUAUGACAAUUUCUUUAAUCAGAAUAUAAUAACAAAUGAAACCUUCCUACAUGCUAACGUUUGUCACAUUGUACAAUACCUGGACCUUCUCAUCCUUCCCUUUGUUUGUGCAGCAGGCUUCUGCAGAAAGAGUCUGGAAUAACAGAAUAAACAAACAAGAAAAGGAAUAGGUUUAAUUUACAAGAAAUAUAGGGCUGCAAACCAGGCAUUUGACAUUGCUAAUCUAGGGGGGUCUUUAAGACUAUCAAUUUUUCUGUGGGCUCCAAAGU